AUGCAAUUAUUUGUGAAAACCUGGAUUGGAAGAACCUUUACGUUAGAAGCAUGCAGCACUGACACCAUCGACCAAAUUAAAGCAAAAAUCCAAGAUAAAGAAGGAAUUCCCCCUGAUCAGCAACGUUUGAUUUUUGCUGGCAAACAAUUGGAAGAUGAUCUGACUUUGUCAUGUUACAAUAUACAAAAAGAAUCCACGAUGCGUCUUGAAUGUCGUCUGCGUGGCGGGAAGUUCCAAGAAACCAGUGGCCGCGACGGAUUUGAUCCAUUGCCGCAAAUCACCAAAAACAUGCAACAACCUGAACAAACUAGGGACACAUCUGUAACCAUCUCUCCAAAACUUCCAAGUACUAAAGAUGAGUUUUUGGCCCUUCUACGUGAGGAGGAGAGACGAAGGUUGUCACCUGAAACGCAAAAAAAAUAUUUUAAUGUUGGAAAUGAAUCAACAUGUGACAAGGAAGUAACUGAAGUUGUACAAAUAAUGCGCAGUGCACCGCAGCUUUAUCCAGGUGAUGAGCACGAGCCUGCAUUUCAUACCACUCAAUUAUUUGUUCGCAAUAACAUUGCUCAUAUUGGAGUCCUUACUGAAGGAAUGACGGCACCUGAUUGCCUACUGGUUCCCUUAGAUCCUUCAACGUUUACAACAAAUGAAAAUUGCAAUAAUCCGCCGAAUCCAAUUUCUUUGCGCUCACUUUGUCGACCAGGACGACCUCUCGUUCUUCUCGGAGGAUCGUAUACUUGUCCUUUAUUCCGAUACAUAUCCCACGUGCUUAAUGAUAUGUUUAGGCGAUAUCAAAACUAUGUAGAUUUCUACAUGAUCCAGAUUAGAGAAGCGCAUGCAAGUGAUGUAUGGCCUAUCGACGAUAUUGUAUCCGUCAAAGAGCAUCGCACGUUAUCUGAUCGUUUGAUCGCUGCGAGUGAAAUGGUUAGAGCAACUCAGCUGGAGGUUCCAGUGAUGUCAGACACAAUGAAUGAUACUUUCUUGAAGUUGUAUGCACCGUGGCCAUUCCGAUUUUUUAUUAUUGUAGAUGGUAUUUUGAAACUCGUUGGGAUGCCAAAAGAGACGCGUUACGAUACAACCGACUUGGUGGCGUGUUUGGACGCACUUUUGGAAGGCAGAUAUUGA